UGAAGGAGUCCCUAUAUAACUGAGCACGAUUCAUGGUGAAAUUGCGGACUCGUUCCAUCUUCCAUCGAAAUCAGUUUGGACACGUUUUUCUCCUCGUAUCACUUUCUAAUUAUCAUAUUUUCCUUGAAAGUUGGAUCCCCAGAUAGUGCUUUCAUUUGGCUAGUCCACCUGAAUUAUAAGACACCACUCUCAAGCUUCAUAUUUUGAGUCAAUUGAUUACUGCGUAAUCUCCAUUGCGAUCGAAUUUCCAGGAUGAUUUCCAUCCAGCUCUUUGGGCUACUCUAUCUAUUGGGUGAUUGGCAUUCUGCAGAUGCAUCACACAUUCCGUUCAAAGUUACUAGAUUAGUUCCCCGUCGGUUUGGUCAAGAAGGUAAGGUCCCUGGAAAUGGAAAACAGAUCCAAGACUGCCCUCCCCAAAUUUGUGGUACUCUUUUCGGCCAGAUUCCAGGGUCUUUAUUAGCAGCAGCAGAGCCGUGUGCUGCACAAAAGGUCGCCGAUGAUAUAAUCAACGCCGUCAAAAAAGAUUCAAAAAUUGAUAAUAAAGUCCGAGAGCAGAUCAUUGAUGUCGCUAAAGCUGUAGCUGGGGCGGAAAAAAAUGUACCUCCGGAUUUCACAAAACAACCACCAUUGCUUCGACAAGCUCUUUACUGCCAAGAGGAGCCCAAAAAUAAAGAACUCGAAGGGAUAGUUAUGAAACAAGAUCCAGCAGCUCAAGGAGGGAAGGAGUUCUUCGACCCAAAAACCAAAACAACUGUGUUUUUGGGUGAAGACCCACGCACUUUGCCACGAGGAAACAAAAAAGCCGAUACGACUAAGGAAAACAACCUGCAAGUGGAUUCUCUACAAGAAAAGGAAAACAAUGGUGGCGGCGGGAAAGGCGGUGGUGGCGGCGGGAACGGCGGUGGUGGUGGCGGGAACGGCGGUGGUGGCAAUAACGGUGGUGGCGGGAAUGGCGGUGGCGGGAAUAAUGGGGGUGGUGGCGGAGGUGCGGAUGCAAAAUCCGAAGAGGAAAGAAAGGUUCCUAAAAAGUCAGAAGCAGGUGAUGAGAAACUGGGGAUUUCCACAAAAAAACAGUUCGAGGCGGUUACGGGUGACACAGGCGGAAAUGAAAAAGAGAAAGAAAAGCAAAACCAGGGUGGCGGUGGUGGAAAUGGCGGUGGAAAUGGUGGUGGAAAUGGUGGUGGAAAUGGUGGUGGGAAAUGGUUGUGGAAAUGGUGGUGGAAAUGA